UUGCAGGAAGAUCCUGGUAAUGUUGAUUGGAGUAAAAUAGUAACUGAAACCUAUGAACUAUCUGAAGCAUGUUUUAAAACAAACUACUAUGGAACCAAGGAAUUGACCAAAACACUUAUUCCCCUUCUCCACUUUUCAAACUCCCCAAGAAUUGUCAAUGUUUCAUCAUCCAUUGGAAGUCUAGAGAACAUACCAAAUGGAUGGCCUAAAGAAGUACUGAGUGAUGUUGAAAACCUAACGGAAGAAAAGAUUGAUGAGAUUUUGAAUGAAUUUCUAAAGGACUUUAAAGAGGGUUCAUUAAAAACAAAAGGAUGGCCUCUUGCUAUUCCUACAUAUAGUAUCUCAAAAGCAGCUGUGAAUGCCUACACAAGGAUCGUGGCCAAAAAGUACCCCUCAUUCUGCAUUAAUGCUCUUUGCCCUGGACAUGUCAAAACAGAUAUAAACCAAAAUACUGGUGUUCUAACACCUGAUGAAGGUGCUGAAGCUGCUGUGAGGUUGGCUCUAAUAGAAAACAAAAAGAUGAUCGGGAGAGAAGAAGGAAAGGAAUAAUAUGAGAAUGAA